UCCGGUUUAAUCUCUUUACCGUUGAGAAAAACAGGAAGGCAAGAAUGUCUGUUAAAAGGGGAACCAUGAACAAGGAUAAGAAGAAUGACGGGCAGCAUGUAAACCAGAGUACUAUUAAUCACCAAUCCAGACAGUUAUGUCGGGGAGAAAAAGAUGAUGUCCCAGAUCAUUUGCAAGAAACAAAGUCUUUGCCUAACAUUGUAAAUGUCUCUCACAUUUUGGGUAAUAAAUCUAAACAACAGAUAAAAUUUAACAGCUUGCCUCAAAAGUCAAAAAAAUGUCAGGGUGGUGAAAUAAGUUUACAGGCAAUUCAAAACACUCAGCGGAAGGCCAUGAGUAAUCCAGAUUUACAUCCAGAAGCUCAGGCUCAAGAUGGUUUGGCUGCAGAUGCUGAGUCAGUAGAUCUUGAAGCUAUUGGUAUAGAUCAAGAUGCUGAAUUAGUGGGCCAUAGGAUACAAUCUAUAGAUCCAGAUGCUGAUGCAGCAGAUUCCAGUACUAUUGGUACAGAUCCAGAUGCUGAAGCUGUGGACAUUAGGGUACAAUCUACAGAUCCAGAUGCUGAUGCAGCAGAUCCCAUUACUACUGGUACAGAUCCAGAUGCUGAAGCUGUGGACAUAAGGGUACAAUCUACAGAUCCAGAUGCUGAUGCAGCAGAUCCCAUUACUACUGGUACAGAUCCAGAUGCUGAAGCUGUGGACAUUAGGGUACAAUCUACAGAUCCAAUUGCUGAUGCAGCAGAUCCCAGUACUACUGGUACAGAUCCGGAUGCUGAAGCUGUGGACAAAAGGGUACAAUCUACAGAUCCAGAUGCUGAUACAAUAAAUAAUGAUGCAGAUGCUGAAGCAGUAGAUCAUGAUGCUCAGGCUGGUGCAAUAGACUUUGAUGAGAAUAUUGCAGGCAUAGAUAGUGCAGAGAUGGAGUCAGGUGCUCAAGCAAUUGAGAAAGAUGCUGAGAAGAAAAGGAUUGCCAUACAAAGUCUACAAGAAAAUGGAUAUAAAGAUAAUGACAUAAAAACGGCAGAGAAAGUGUUUGCUGAAAGACAUGGAAAUAAAACUUUCUGUGGAAGAGAUCUAGCAGAGAUAAUGAUUUAGGUAAUUAGGCAGCCUUGAAAGCAGGGAUCUACCAAAAAGCGGCAGAUGGCCUGAAACUGGUCACUUGAUGCUUGCAUUUCAGUUGAGUCUAUUCGUUGUUUGUUUACGGAAGUUGUUUUAUAAUAUUAUUUUAUGUAUGAGGAUAAUGUUUAAGUGACAUUAUGCUCUUUUUUCAUCGUCAGAUAUAUAUUUCAAAUUAUUGACUAUUUUAAUAUUGAUUGAUCAGUUAUUGAUGAUAAGAAAUAUUUAGGAUAAAAUAUAACAAGAGUCACCACAUAGCGGGGGACACGCUCGAAUUAUUUCUCAAGUCAAACACAUCGGGAGAAGAAUAUUGUUAGUAAAGAAUACUUCAAGAAAACAUUAUACAAACAAAAUAUUUUUCAAAUUUCAUAUUUGACAUAAAUACUGUUAUGGUCAUUCAAAGAUCAAGGUCACAUUUGAAUUAUCGUCAUUUUAGUUUUGUCAUAUGUGUUUUUUUGUCCAAGACUGAAUCAAAUCCAUCAAAAAUAACAACUUUGACAAGGUCAUAUUUGAAUUACAAAUGUUAUGUCCACUUGAAGUGUCCUUAAGAUAGUUGUUCUCAAGAAUUAAAAUAGUCUAUUCAUAAAUUACAAAGUUAUAGCCAAUAAUAGCAAAAAUCAAGCAAAAUGUAAUAGUAAUUUGACAUACUAUAUAUAGGUCAUUGAUGAGUGAAGGUCAUGAUAAAUUUUGUUUAAAGGUGGUGUGUUUAAGUAUGAACACAAUCCAUUAAUGAAUAAUAAAGUUAUAGGUGUAACAAAAAUCAAGCAAAAACACAUUUGACCUUGAAAGUCAAGAUUGUUUAUGAGUCAAACUCAAAUUCAUUCUACUCAAUUUGAAGGUCUUGUCCAAAGGGAUGUUGUGUCCACAGGAAAUUGACAUUCUAUUAGCAAAUAAUUAAAAAAGAACGGCAAAUAUACCCCUCUAUACUAUUUGUAGUAUAGAGGGGUAUAUUUGCCAUUAUUUUUUAAUUAUUUGCUUAUAUUUUUCAGUUAUUGAUAGAAUGUCAAUCUCCUGUGGUUGUGUCAAAGUAUGAAGGCAAUCGGUUUAGAAAUAAAAGAAUGGCCAUAUAAUGUUAAAGUUUUUGAACAGGAAUGGAUGCCAUGACUGUAGUAAUGGCUUGAAUUCUGAAAAAAGCUAAAAACUGCCUAAAAUUUAAAAAGAAUGCCACAGUCUUUUUAUCAAUAGAGCAUAACCAAUGGAUUCUGAAGGUUAUUUAUAAAAGUGUUAGUUAGCCACGUUGGUUCUUAGAUAUUCAUUUAAAGUAAGAUAUGAAAUUCUAGGAAACAAUUUUGGCAAAAUAUGAACUUAUCUUGAAUUUCACCAGUCCUGCACUCUCAACAUUUAUUAACACUUGGAUAGUCAUAAUGUCACUUUAAUAGACAGAAAAUUUGUAAUCGGUUUUUAAUCAAUAAGCAGAUAAGCAUACAUAUUAUUGUGAGCAAAACCAUUACAUCAUAUUUGAUUUGAACAGGAAUAACAUAUUAUUAUUCAAUAGAACAUGUUGAUUUAGUUCAUGUGUGCUAUUUUUAGACUGACCUAGCUAGUUCUCUGUGAAUGUAGAGGUAUUUUUUGUAUUCUUAUUCAGACAGGUGCUCAUUUAUACUUUUUCUAGAAAGUUUUGAAUCAAGUUUGUGUGAGUUUGUGCUGUCGAAAUAAUCAGUAUAUACUGGUAUUCCUAUUUUAUAGCCUGAAAAGCCUGAAGCAAUAUUACAGUAUAAGUGGAUAUUUAUGCGUCACAAAAAUUUUGCAAAUGACAAAAGUGGACCUUUGUACGGAAGUGUCCUGGUGCCAAUUCAUAAUGUUCUAUAAA